GCACUCUUAAAAGAAAGCCAUUGCAUAAAAGAAAUAAAGAUUUGAAGAGGCAGAACGAUUUUCUGUUCUGCAAGCUGAAAGAAUAGGAAAAGCUGGUUUAUUUAUUGCACUAAUCUUGGAAAAAUUGAGAGUUUUCAAGGGGCCUGCAGGCAUGGGCAGUGGCCACCAGAAGAGAAAGAAAAGGAGCAAACGACACAAGCAAGAACCAGGACCAAGACUUUUCUCUGACUUUGGAAGAAUUGCCAAUGAUUUGCUUACAAAGGGCUACAGCCAGGAUCAGAUACUUAGCAUCUCCACCCACAGUUGUAAUGGAGUGAUUUUAACUUCGGGGGCAUUGAAACAUGGAAGACAAUCAUCCACACACAUUGGAGCAAGAUAUAAAUACAGGAAUGCUGCAAUAGAUGUAAAUAUAGAUACAAAAUCAAGUAUUUCAACAACACUCACUCUUGGGGGAGAGUUUUUGCCAUCCACAAAUAUCAAAGCUUCAGUGAGAUUUCCUGAUUACAAUUCUAGCAAGCUCAACCUCAAAUUCCAGCAUUUCUUUAGAAAUGCAACCUUAUCUGUCUCUGUUGACCUAAACCAAUCCCCUGAUGUUAUGCUUUCAGCAACUAUUGGUACUUCAAGCAUUGCAUUUGGCAUGGAGUCAAAGUACAAGACUGCUUCUCGCAGUUUUACCCAACAUGAUGCUGGCAUUUCAGUUACUAAGCCUAGUUGCAACGCUUCAAUCAUUCUGGCUGAAAGGGGUGACCUUCUAAGACUGGCAUAUGCGCAUCAUUUUGGCCACUCAAGGAAGAUUUCUGCAGUGGCAGAGGUCACUAGGAGGUUGUCCGAAAACAAAAAUUCCCAUGCAGUUGGAAUAUCAUGCAUUCUGGAUAAUCUAACAACAGUAAAGGCAACACUUAACAAUCGGGGUAAGCUGCAGGCUCUCCUGCUCCAUAAAAUCAAACCCAACUCGCGCUUGAACAUUUCAGGUGAAUUUAACACUAAAGCUCUAGACAAGAUCCCCAGAAUAGGAUUGGCUCUUACUCUCAUGCUCUGAUAGCUCUCUCAACAGCAACAAAUUUGAGAGGAUGCAAGGCUAUCCUUCUCUGAAAUGGGAAAAGCUUAUGCGCAUUAUUAUGAUCAUGUUGUACUGCUGCUUAUACAUAAUAAUGCACAUAAUACAAUCUAUUCAUGAAACUACGUACUUUAAUCAAAUUAAUUGAAACUAAGCACAAUUUGUUAAUCACAAUAUGGCAGUUCGGGUAUUUCAAGCAGAAGGAACAUAAAGAAUACUUUCAAAGCAUGGACAGGUUUUUUUUUUUAAAGGAGCAUUCUAACUGCUGAUUGAACUCUACGAGGCACUGUCUUAGUCUUAACUAAUGGCCUAAUCCCAUCCAAUUGGCUGACCUGCAUUUUUUUUUUUAAACCAAUGAAAAAAAUUCAAAAAGAAAGGUAUUUUGGAAUACCUCUUUUUUCGCUUUGCUUCAUUCUCUUCCUUUCUCUUCUCUCUUACCAGCCCUCGAACCAAGGACAUGAGGCUUGGGUACUCUGACCUAAGCACCCCAAGCCAACAAGCCGAAACAAGGGCUGGU